UUUUUUUUUUUUUUUUUCUCCGAAAUCUUAGCCAUCCUAGUGGAAUGGUGUCCCAUUGUGGUUUUGACUUGCAUCUCCCUGCUGGCUAACAGCAUUGAGCAUCUUUUCAUGUAUUUGGUGGCCAUUUGAGUGUUCUGUUUGGGGAACUGUCUAUUCAAGCCCUUUGCCCAUUUUGUGAUUGUUUUGUCUUUUUGUUAUGAAGGUGUCAAAGUUUUAUAUAUAUUUCAGUUACUAAUAUUCUCGUUGGAUAUAUGGUUUCUGAAGAUGUUGUCCUGGUCAGUAGCUUGUCUUUUCACUUUUUUGGUAGUCUUUUAUUGAACAAAGAUUUUUAAUUUUUGGGGAUCUCAUUUAUUUAUUUUGUCUUUUGCUGUUUAUGCUUUUGGUAUUUUAUUUAGAGGUAUGUGAUGAUCCAUUGUUGAAAGCUAGGUUCAACAGUCUUGUCCCUACAUUUUUCUUCUAAGAAUUUUAUGGUUUUAGUUAUUAGUAGAUUUUUAGCUUAUCUUUUUAGCCAGUGCUUCACAGCACUCUCACACCCUAGGAUCUGAGUCCUGGGUCCUGUAGGCAACUUAGCUCAUUUUUUAUCUAAAAUUUGGCUUUCUCUGCCUUGAUAAAUUAAUUACUAUUUCUGUAUUUUCUGUCUCCAAAAAAAUGUGUUGAAAUCAUUUGUCUGGUAGUGUGCCCUCCUCCCUCUUUUGUGGUCUUGUGUUUGUAUCUUUUUAAAAUAGCUUUUCACUUUGAGGUAAUUGUAGGUUCACGUGCAGUUGUAAGAAAUAAUUCUGUGAGAUCGUGUACCUUUACCCAGUUUUCCUCAGUGGUCACAUCCUGCAGAAUUAUAGUGUAGUAUUUUUUUUAUUAUUAUUUUAUGGGUGGUGCAAAUAGUUAAUGCGCUUGGCUGCUGACCCAAAGGCUGGCGGUUGGAGUCCAUCCAGAGGUGCCUCAGAAGAAAGACCUUGCGAUCUAGUUCCAAAAAAUCAGCUGUUGAAAAUCCUGUGGAGCACAGUUCUGCUCUGACACACGUGGGGCUGCCACUCGUCAUGGAGCACAGUUCUGCUCUGACACACGUGGGGCUGCCACUCGUCAUGGAGCACAGUUCUGCUCUGACACACGUGGGGCUGCCACUCGUCAUGGAGCACAGUUCUGCUCUGACACACGUGGGGCUGCCACUCGUCAUGGAGCACAGUUCUGCUCCGACACACGUGGGGCUGCCACUCGUCAGCAACCGCUUUUUUUUUUUAAAUCACAACCAGGGUAUUGACAUUGAUGCAGUCAGGGCACAGAAGUGAUGUACAUAUUGCCCACUUUUCUCUUACCUCCAAAAUUCCUAUCCUUUCUCCCAUUUAUAUAAUUUUGUGUUUUUAAGGGUAUCAUGUACAUGGAAUCAUACAGUGUGUAACCUUUUCGGACUGGCUUUCUUCACUCAGCGUAAUUCUCUGAAGAUUCAUCUGGGUUGUUGCAUUUAUCAAUAGUUCAUCGUGUUGUAUUGGUGAGCAGUGUAUGGAUGUGUCUUACUUAGAUUCCUCGGGCUACCGUAACAAAAUACUGUAAAAUGGGUGGUUUUAAAGAACAGAAAUUUAUUUUCACGUAGAUUUGGAGGUUAGAUGUCCAAAUCAGGAUGUCGGCAGGGUUGUGAAGGUUAAAUGAGUCAAUACUCCUGUGAACACUUGGAGGAGUAUCAGCACAUAGUUAGCUGUUGGUGAUACUUUGCCUCGAUAUUUAUUAUAAUUGAGAGCAUUUAUAAGCCUCAAUUUUUCACAAAGAUGGUAUUUUUUUUCUUGUGAAAACUGAGGACGUUUUUCUAUUUUAUCACAAAAUUUAAAGAAAAAAGUAUUAUCAGCUCCGUUCGCAGAGCGUCCUAUUACAGAGCCUGGUAGAAUUCUGACGGUGUUAGACUUAAGAGUUAGGAGCCCCGAAUUCCACUCCUGACUCUUGUGAGUAGCGGCUUGACCUCUGGCAAGUCUUUUCACUUCUCUUUGCCUCAUUUUACUAAUUUAUAAAAUUGGGAUUGGAUUUCAACUAAUUGAUCUCUAAGAGCCCUCCUAGUUCUGCCUUUCUAGUUUUGUGUCCUCCACUGAAUAAUUAUUGAAGAAGCUUUGUUAUGCUGGUUAUAACACAACUCUGGAAAGAGUACAGGCUGCAUCCUAGAGUAGAAAAAGGCAUGAGGUGAGUAGGGUAAAUUAAUCUUACAGAAACUUUCAGGGCUGAUAGAUAAGAGAAUGAUUAAACGUGUUUCACAUGAUUCUUACUUAGGGCAAAACUACCACCUGUUGAUGGAAGGGAGUCACUCUUGCCGCCGUGUAACAGAAACAUUUCCGACAGCUAACUCUUGUCCAGUACUGAAAUGGGCCAUCUUCUGUGCUGGGUGCUCCUAAGCCAUGAAAGGGCAAAGGUCAGGGUCAGACUGGACGUGCUUUAGUCAGGCUGAAGUUAUUUAGGCCUCAGCCAGGAAUGGCACGGGUGGGUGGCUUCUCUAGCCUUCUGGCCUUUGUGGAUAGAAAUCACGGCACAGUGUAAAGGUGUUGAAAUAAUUGAGAAAAACCGUAGUGUGGUAUGACUCAGUAAUCACUGACUUCAACUGAAUUGUAGUAAUGACAAUUAGUAUAGUAAAUCUUUUAUUAUCUACAAUUUUAUAUUUAAUGCAAACUAAUUAUCGUUUGCACGCAGUUUUGAACAUGUUGCUCCUCUGAGUCUUCUGUAAUUUUGAUGGUGCAUCUGGGAAAAGAGCGCUCUUAUUUUCUUCUUUGUGAGUGAUCUUUGAAUGCUUGCCACUUUUAAACUAAGCUGGGAACUAUGGGUUUGGGUUCUUAGGUUCUGUUGAGAUACACAGCUAAAUUUGUCAUUGAACAUGUGGAUCUCUGGAGAUGUUUACCAGUCUGGACAAUCCUGAUAGUAUUAUCUUCUCUACAGCUUCUGCUGUGACCCAGUCUUUGGAGAAACAUAUGUGGAGGAGUCAGUUCUUGAGGAAGAAGAUACCUUAUUCCUUUUAUUAAAUUAUAAUGCUUUUGUUCCCAUUUCCUGGGGUAGACUUUUGGUCGCCAGAGGACCAGUUCUCUCCCCCAGCCUCAACAUGUGGUUGUGUGUGUGUGUGUGUUUACGUUUCCUAGUGUACCUCAGGUCCUCUUGAGCCUCCAGGUGUCUUGUUCUUGCUGAGUUUGAUUACACUCUACUGAACUGGCAAAUAAAGCCACUCACAGCAGGUUUCUCAACCUCAGUACUAUUGACAUUGGGGGCCAGAUAAUUCCUUGUGAUGGGGUCGGACUUGUUCAUUGCAGGGUGAUUAACAGGACCCCUGGCUUCUUCCCACUAGAUGCCAGUAGUUCUGGUUAUUACAGUCAGAAAUGUCUCCGACAUUGCCAGAAGUUUCCUGGGAGGCAACAUCGCCCCAGUCGAGAACCACAGACGGCACUCUGUCACAGUUGUGGUCAUCCACUCCCAUCUGGUUUCUUCACGUUGCCCAGCCUGGCUCACAUCCUCAUCUCUCCAGCCGUCCUCCACUCAGCAAAUUAGGCUGAAAGCUGCCAAGUGGAGGGUGGAAUCAGUGGGAAAUAGGGCAGAGCUUUUUUUUUUUAGAGCCAGGUGUGGCCCUGGGCUGAGCUCUGCAACAAACAGGUGGGUUUGUUGGCGGGGCAGUUACUGAGUAGAUGAUUCAAACAAAUGUUCCUUGAAAGAAAGUGAGCUGAUGCCACUGGUGUUCCUCGCACACAACACUGAUCAGGUAUGUUGUGUCCUCGUGUCGUCUGAAACCUGCCUUGGGAGUCUGGGGUUAGCAAAGCUCCUGGGAGCCUUUCUCUUUAAUGUUUUUAUUUGAAACAAGCAGCAGAAAAGAGGGCCUCUUUCUUGAUGGACUUCCAUGUUCAAUUUAGAUUUAAUUUUUGACUUUAAUAACGAGAUAGAAAUGAAGUAAUUUUUUUAAAUGCAAGAAAUGAGGUUUGUAAAUGUGAAGCAGCAAAUGCUUACCGAGUUCACCCGGGGCUGGUGCCCUGCCUCAGGAAGCUCAUGAGUACUGAGGAGAUACAGGCACCUACAAAGGACACUGCAGGUAUCAGGAAAGGACUCUGUCUUGGGUGGGGCAGGUGAAGGGGGGGGAGCACUCGUACAAUCACUGCAGAUGGGAGCAAGUGUUCACACUCUCCAUCUACGUUCAUUUUCAGUACUAUUAGUUUUUAGUAUUUCUACUCUGGGCUUCAUGAAGUUUUUUUUAACUUAAUUGAGAUCAUACUAAAUCCAUUUUUGUAAACUUUAUUUGCUUAACAUUUAUUGUAUAACAUUGUCAUUUUUAAUAAAAAAAAUAAUAGCUUCUAAUAAUUGACUCGACGGCACUGGGUGGCACUGGGUUAAUAACUAUGUAUUCCAUUUUACGGGUUUAUCACAAUUUAACCAUUAUUCUGUUGUUUAACAUGUAGAUUACUUUAUAGAAUUUUGUCACUCUGAAUAUCCUAUGAUGAAUAUCUCCGAGCAUAAAUUUUAAUUCAUAGUUCAGAUUAUUUCCUGCGGACAGUGGGUUAAAUAGUGGGUAUUUUUAAAGCUCUUGUUGCGUAUUGCAGAACUGCUUUCCAGAAAGGUUCUAAUAGCGCUCCGCUAGCAGGGUGUUGAGUGGCUAUCUGCGGACAUUCUUGCCAGCGCUGGGUGUUUUUUAACGAGACAAUUACUGAUUCAUUAGGUGGAAAACAUCUCACAGCUGGUUGUCUUUCUUCUCCUGUUUAAAUUACUAUGAAAUUGAUCUUUCAUUGUUGUCAUUGUUAUUCUUUUACCUUUAGAGUUUCUUUAACUCCUUUUGUGAAUUGGCUGUCCAUGUCCUUUCCCAUUAUUCCGUUGGGGUGUUAUUGGGUUUUUUUUUCUUUAUACAACUUCUUUGUAUAUUAAGGGUAGUAACCAGUGUGGAGAAACCACGUCAUGUUUAUAACAAAUACGUUGCCAGUUUUUCAGUUAUGUCUUUUGCUUUAUGUGUAGCUUUUAAUUUUGAUACAAUUUAAAACUUACAGAAAAAAAUACAAGAAUAGUACACAGAAUUACCAUAUAUCCUUUACUAAGAGUCACCAAUUAUCUACAUUCUGCCUCAUUAGCUUUACUAUUCUUUCUCUCUAUAUUGUAUAAAUAUAUAUAUAUUUUUUCUGAUUUACCUGAGGCUAAGUGAGAGUUCCUUUGCGAGUCCACUCCCAGUGUCUCCUUGCAUGCUCUCUCUAGCUGCAUUGUUAGUAGUUGAGCAUUAACACACGUAUACAUACAUGUGUUCAUGAGUACGCACACACACACACGCAUGGCCUGUUGGGCUGGAGGCAGAGAGCUCCAGCUCCUGUGUGGGGCACCUGAGGUGCACGCAGCCACUGUUGCCAGUGCAAAAACCGCCUUGUUGCUCUGGCCACCAGGAUGGUCACUAAUAUCCGUGCUCCUGUCGGUAUGGUGGUUCACAGCUGCUGCUUCCGCUGCUGCCAGUUCCCAGAAAUUUUAUUAUUCUACAGAUAUUUUUGAGAAGCUCCCUUGUUUUAGGUUGGGUGGAGGCCCUGGGGACAGUGUGAGGGAUAGUGUGAGUAACUAGACACCAUGUUGUCCUCCAGACUACUUCUCAGUUCUUGUGCUCUGUAGUUUUCUUUGGAUUCAGCCUGGACUCUUGCUUCAGAAUGAGCUUCCCCCCUCCCUCCAGCAGAUAUCUUAGACUUUUUUGUAAAUAAAUAAGCCCUUGGCAGGCCUGAUCCAAUGUCCUAAGUCAUGUAUAAAUCUCUAUAUCUUCCCUGUAUAUUUUUUUAAAAAAACAAUUUAUUCUGUUUUUAUUGUUGAGAAUAUAUACAGGAUAACAUACACCAAUUCAACGAUGUCUGCACGUACAAUUAAGCAUCAUUGAUUACAGUCUUCCGGUUGUGCAGCUAGUCUCACCCUCCUUUUCUGAGUUGUUCCUCCUCCAUUAACAGGAAUGCACUGCCCCCUAAGUUGUCAAUUUGAUCCAUAUAGAUAGAUCUUAAAAAAGCACACUGCUCAAGGCAGACAUUGUUUAUUAGUUAAGUUAAACUAUUGCUUGCUUUUAAGAAGACUUCAGGGGACGUUUUUGGUGUAAAGUUUAAAGAUUAUCUCAGGGCAGUAGUUUCAGGGGUUCAUCCAGCGUCCGUGGCUCCAGAAAUCCUGAACUCCAUGAUAAUUUGCAGUUUUGUUCUACAUUUCCCCCCUGUUGAUCAGGAUCCUUCUAUAGACUCUUUGAUCAAAGUGUUCAGGAAUGGUACCUGGACACCAUCCAGUUUUUCUGGUCUCACGGCAAAGGGCGCAGUUGUUUGUGGAGACAGUCAGCCACACAUUCCAUUCCCUUCUCCUAUUUCUGACUCAUCUCCUUCCUCUUUUGCUCCAGGACAGUAGAGACCAAUUAUUGUGCCUUGGAUGGCCGCUUGUGAGCUGUUAAGACCCCAGGUACUAUGCAGUGAGCUAGAGGGUAGAACAGAAGCACUAAACACAAUGUUAGGCCAAUUAUCUAAGAUGUACCAUGAAAUUAUGACCCUAAAUCUUCAAACCAAGGAACCAGAUCCCAGGAGGUUUUUGAUUGUACAUACAUAAGUCUCUCUAUUUUUUCAUUGUUGUAAAUACAUCUUAUCACCCAACUUUUACCAAUUUAGUUUUUUACAUGUGUACAACUUAUUGCAACAGUUAUGUUAAUCAGCUGUGCCAUCCUGCUCUUAAUCAGUGCUGUUUUUUCUGUCACUGCAAACUGAAACUCAGUGCUCCCUAAGCAGUAGCCCCUGCCAUACCCUGCAUCUCCGGUAAGGACUAAUAAACUUUGGUCUCUGUACAUUUGCUUUGUCUUGUGGUUUUAUUUAAGUGAGGUAUUACAAUAUCUCUCUUUUUGUGAUUGACCUGUCAUGCUCAGCGUAACGUCUUCAAGGUCCAUCCGUAUUGUAGCGUGUAUCAGAACUUCAGUUCUCCUAAUUGUGCUCAUGAGGAACCUUUACAUAGAUCAAGAGGCAGUUGUUUGGACAGAACAAGGGGAUACUGAUUGGUUUAAAGUCAGGAAAGGUGUGCGUCAGGGUUGUAUGCUUUCACCAUACCUGUUUAACCUGUAUGCUGAACAAAUAACACGAGAAGCUGGACUAUAUGAAGAAGAACGGGGCAUCAGGGUUGGUGGAAGACUCAUUAACAACCUGCGUUAUGCAGAUGACAUAACCUUGCUGAAAGUGAGGAGGACUUGAAGCACUUACUAAUGAAGAUCAAAGACCACAGCCUUCAGUAUGGAUUACACCUCAACAUAGAGAAAACAAAAAUCCUCCCAACUGGACCAAUGAGCAACAUCAUGAUAAACGGAGAAAAGAUUGAUGUUGUCAAGGAUUUCGUUUUACUUGGAUCCAUAAUCAACAGCCAUGGAAGCAGCAGUCAAGAAAUCAAAAGAUGCAUUGCAUUGGGUAAAUCUGCUGCAAAGGACCUCUUCAAAGUGUUGAAGAGCAAAGAUGUCACCCUGAAGACUAAGGUGCACCUGACCCAAGCCGUGGUAUUUUCAGUCACAUCACAUGCAUGUGAAAGCUGGACAAUGAAUAAGGAAGACUGAAGAAGAGUUGACGCCUUUGAAUUGUGGUGUUGGUGAAGAACAUUGAAUAUACCACGGACUGCCAAAAGAAGGAACAAAUCUGUCUUGGAAGAAGUGCAGCCAGAAUGCUCCUUAGAGGCAAGCAUGGUGAGACUACGUCUUACAUACUUUGGACAUGUUGUCAGGAGGGAUGAGUCCCUGGAGAAGGACAUCAUGCUUGGCAGAGUACAGGGUCAGUGGAAAAGAGGAAGACCCUCAACAAGGUGGAUUGACACAGUGGCUGCAACAGUGAGCUCAAGCAUAACAAUGAUUGUAAGGAUGGCGCAGGACUGGGCAGUGGUUCAUUCUGUUGUGCAUAGGGUUGCUGUGAGUCAGAACCGACUCGACGGCACCUAACAACAACAACAACUGGCUGAGUAGUGUUCUGUUGUGUAUAUGUACCACAUUUAGUUUAUCCAUUCAUCUGUUUAUCUGUUCAUGGGUGUUUAGGUUGUUCCCACCUUUUGGCUAUUGUGAAUAGUGCUGCAGUGAACGUUGGUGUACAAGUCUCUGAGUCUGUGCUUUCAAGACUUUUGGGUGUAUACCUAGGAGUGGAAUUGCUGGGUCACAUGGUAAGUUCUCUUUUUAGUAUUUUGAGGAGCUGCCACACUGUUUUCCACAGCUGCUCUACCAUUUUGCAUUCCCACCAGCAAUGGAUGAGGGUUCCAAUUUCCCCUCACCCUUGCCAACAUUUGUCAUUUUCUGGUUUUUUGCUUUAAUCUUAGCCAUCCUAGUAGGGGUGGAAUGGUGUCCCAUUGUGGUUUUGAUUUGCAUCUCUCUGCUGGCUAAUGGCAUUGAGCAUUUUUUCAUGUGUUUGGUGGCCAUUUGAAUGUCCUCUUUGGUGAAAUGUCUGUUCAAGACCUUUGCCAAUUUUUGGAUGGGGUUAUAUGUCUUUUUGUUCUUAAGUUGUUGAAAUUUUAUAUUUAUUUUGUUUAUUAGAUUCUUCCCAGAUAUAUGGUUUCCAGAUAUAUUCUCCUGGUCGGUGGCUUGUCUUUUCUCUUUUUGGAUAAAGUCUUUGAUAAAGGUUUUUAAUUUUUAUGAGGUCCCAUUUAUUUAUUUUGCCUUUCGCUGUUUGUAGCUUAUUUUUACUCAAAUAAUGCACGUGUUACACAUUUUUCUGCCAGCCAUGCCCUCCCCCCGCCAAGGUAUUUUUGUAAGCAUGCUGUGCUAUUUUUUUUUACAUGUUGCUGUAAAGAAAUUAGCAUAGCACACUUAACGAAAAUAUGUCUUGGGGCAGGGCGCAGUUGGCAAAAAAAAAUGAACACCCACGUUAUUUGUGUAAAAAUAUGGUAAUCAGUAUUAAAAGGUAAGGAAGACAGUGUUGUCUCUGCAUUUUCUUCUAAGAAUUUUAUGGUUUUAGUUUGCACGUUUAGGUCUUUAAUGCAUUUUAAAUUUAUUUUUGUAUAUGGUAUGAGGCAUAGAGCCUGUUGGAUUUUUCAGCAUGUGGAAAUCCGAUUUUCCCAGCACCAUUUAUUGAAGAGACUCUUCUUUCUCUAUCGAAUUUACUUAGCAUCCUUGUCAAAAAGCAGUUGGCCAUACAUGUGUGGGUUUAUUUCUGGACUCUCAGUUCUGUUCCAUUGGUCUGUGUAUCUAUUGUUAUACCAGUACUGGGCUGCUUUGAUUGAUGUAUAAUAUAUUGUAAAAUCAGGGCAUAUGAGUCCUCUUACUUUGUUCUUCUCUUUCAACAUCACUUUAGCUGUUGGAGCACUCUUGCCAUUUCAUAUAAAGUUGAGCAUUGGUUCUUCCAUUUCUAUAAAGAAGGCUCUUAGAAUUUUGAUCGGGAUUGUGUUGAAUCUAAUGAUCGCUUUGGGUAGUAUUGAUUUCCUCUAUAUCUUUUCUAAUUGUUUUUGUGAUGUUAGUUGCCAUUUGAGAUAAUAGCCAAGAUCCGUUAUCUAAUCAGGGAUUUGCACAGUGUGGCUAUUCCAAUUCCAUCAUUCCUUUGUCACUUAUUAGCUGGAGUAUUCUAAAGACAAAUUUCUCUUUAUCAACUGUUCAGUUACCUGAAAGUACACUUGAUACAGGAAAGACAAGUUAAAUGAGUGAUUCUUUCUUUUUAUUUAUAACUCAUUGGAGGCCCCUUAACAUCUUCCAAAGAUGACCAGUGAUGUCUUCCUUAAAAAUUAUUAUGAACUCAUGAAUUUUAACAUAUUUGACUUUUUUUUUUUUUUUAGUCCAUUGUCAUUUUUGUUGAUCAAAUUGUUUGUUCUUUGGCUAGUGAGAAUGUUUUCUCGAAGGGAGAGGAUGUGAAAUGGUAGCUGACUUUAAAAACAAAAGCCUGUUUCUUGGUUUAUAUUUACAUUACUUUCAAAUUAUGUCUUAGGUUAGUCUUUUGAUGAUUGAGGGAAACGUUAUUUCUAACUAUACCUUUUUCACUAGGAGGAUGUUUCCGAGACGGAGAAGAUUGAAGAGAAUGGUUUCUAGGAUCACAGAUCAAACAGUAAACCUGGGUUUUUGUAUUCCACUACCCCUGCGUGCAAGUUGUUAAAAUGAUCGAUUCUUAAUAAACAUUACGUACUUUUGGGAUUUAUCUGUAGGAAAAUGAGGGUAGCGUUGUUUGUCUUCCUUUUAACUUAUUGCCUUGCUACAUUUUUGUAUGCAUAUCCCUGUCAGUGGAGCAGAAAGGCUGGGAAACUGGAAGGAGGCAAGGUUUAGUCAGAGGAAUAACUUUUAAAACACAAAUUAAGCUCCAGAAAUAUUUCACCCCUGCUCUGUAUGGGAUGCUGAAAGGAGUAGGAAUACUAAAGAAAUAUAUGAUGGUCCAGGGAGCAUUCAGCCUUUUAAAUAGGUCAAGUUUUACACACCGCAGGAAAUAACCUAAAGUUAUAUAGCAUGUUAAAGAAUGAUUUUUUUAGAUGAUUAAAUGCUAAACUGUAAAGAAUAUUGGCUAAGUGCUGUGGGUGGCAAGGAAGGGAGGGGAGACUUUCAUUGCUGCUUGUUCGCUCUCAGAGGAGAUAAACUUUGAGAUGUGCUUUGAAGGCCAGGGAAACCCUGGUGGUGUGGUGGUUAAGUGCUACAGCUGCUAACCAAGAGGUCAGUGGUUCAAAUCCACCAGGCGAUCCUUGUAAACUCUAUGGGAUAGUUCUGCUCUGUCCUGUAGCGUCGCUGUGAGUCAAAAUCGACUCGAUGGCAAUGGGUUUGUUUGUUUGCUUUUUUCUGCAGGCCAGGGAGUUUUUGGCCUGCUGGGCAGAGUGUGGAGGGCAUCUCAAGAAGGUAGAACAGAAUGAACAGUUGACCUUGAGUUGACAUACGCAGGGGCCGUCGGAAAAGUGUGUCCUGGCUGGGGAAACAUGUCUUGGACAGUGAGGGAGGUGAGAGCGCGUAGGUGCAGCAAGCCCUGUUCUGAGUUCUCCAGUCUGUGGCUGUAGGUGGAGGAGAUGCUCACUGUUCUGGAUUCUCCAGUCUGUGGCUGUAGGUGGAGAAGAUGCUCACUGUUCUGGAUUCUCCAGUCUGUGGCUGUAGGUGGAGAAGAUGCUCACUGUUCUGGAUUCUCCAGUCUGUGGCUGUAGGUGGAGAAGAUGCUCACUGUUCUGGAUUCUCCAGUCUGUGGCUGUAGGUGGAGAAGAUGCUCACUGUUCUGGAUUCUCCAGUCUGUGGCUGUAGGUGGAGAAGAUGCUCACUGUUCUGGAUUCUCCAGUCUGUGGCUGUAGGUGGAGAAGAUGCUCACUGUUCUGGAUUCUCCAGUCUGUGGCUGUAGGUGGAGAAGAUGCUCACUCCAGCCAGGGCUUUGCCUCAGCCUGACACGACAGCUGCUUGCAGAGACAGCUGUGUCGUUUGUGUCAUAUGCCGUAGUGUACAGCUGUGUCGUUUGUGUCAUAUGCCGUAGUGUACAGUGUGAUAUGCUGCAGACCCUGGUGGCGUAGUGGGUAAGUGCUACGGCUGCUAACCAAAAGGUCAGCAGUUUGAAUCUGCCAGGCGCUCCCUGGAAACUCUGUCGGGCAGUUCUACUCUGUCCUGUAGCGUCGCUAUAGCGUCGCUAUGAGUCGGACUCGACUUGACGGCAGUGGGUUUUUGGGUUUUUAUGCUGCAGAUUCCUUUUGCAGGAAGCACUUAAAAUGAAAUAUAACUGCCUUAGAUUUUUCUGGAGCCUUGGUGGCGUAGUAGUUAAAAACUCGACUGCUAACCAAAAAAGUCGGCAGUUUGAAUCUACCAGCUACUCUUUGGAAACCCUGUGGCAGUUCUACUCUGUCUUGUAGGGUCACUAUGAGUCAGAGUUGACUCGAUGGCAACAGGUUAGAUUUUUCUGUUAUAAAAUGUGGAUAGAGUUCUUUUCUCUAUUAACUUACUAAAGAUGCUUCAAAAAAUCCAUGUUUUGGUGAAGAAACCUGAGCUCGUCAAAUGGUGUGAAUUGGUACCAGAGAUUAAGUCUAGUCUGUAAGCCUUGACAGAUCUUGGGAUCCCUUACUCGGAAGUAGAAUCAGUGCACAGCAACCUUGUUCUCACCCACACUGCAAACUGAAGAUCAUAAUUAGUUUUGAAGAUGUAAUUGGUGUGAAAUUUUUUUUAAUAUUAAAAACUCUACCAGUGAAAUUUAUUAUACAGAGAUUUUUAAAAAAACAAAAAGAGUGUGCAGUAAGUUGUUACAAAAUGGCCCGUAAUGAGUCACCCCCCCCCAUGUCUAUGCCUCUUUGUAAAGUGACUUGACUUGUUUUUUCUAUCAAGAGGCAGCAUCUGCCUCCCUACCCCUUGACCCCGGGCCUAACUGUGUGGCUUGAAUUGGCCAGUGGGACAUCAGCAGACGUGGUACAAACAGAGGAAUCAUAUGCAAUGAGCUUGCCCUCUUGGAAUGCUGCUGCCAUUAGGUGAAGAAGUGUAGGAUGAAAGAUCACAUGGGAAGAGGUUCAGCCUCCCCAGCUGAGCCCAGUCCCCACCUGACCAGCCAGCCAAAGGCAGCAGCAUGAGUAAUGAGGUAGGAGCAGCAGAAGAGCCAGCCAGUCAACCCAAGGAAUAGUGAGAAACGGGAAUUGCUGUUAUUUUAAACAACUAAGUUUUGGGUAGCUUGUUACACAGCAGUAGAAAACAGAAAUAUCUAUGAUAAGUGGUUGGAGUGCAUGACUGUAGUUCUAAUCACAGCUCCAUUGCUGAGCCCUUCAAGAGCCCACAGUCCAGUGAGGGACACAGAACUAGGUCAUUACAGCGUGGUAAAUGCAACUAUGGUAUUAUCCUCAGGGAACCGUGAGAGCCCAGGAGGGCACUGGGCUGCCACAGCCUUGACCUUCCUUCCAUCCCCCUUUCCUCGUGUGUAAUAAGGCUCGGAUGCUGUUACCUACAGGACAAGCAUUGGGGAGCAUUUGACAGAACCAGAGGAAGUAGACUACAUAUUUCUGUACUUUGUUGGAGGUGUUUUCCAUCCUUAAAGGCAGUUAGUUCGCGCUUCCUUUCUCAGCAUUAAAAUGAUGAAAGAACUCCCUGAGAUUUGUCUUUCCCUUUUGUUAACUCUGAGUGUUUUCAGUAUUACAGCCAGAUGCUGCAUAUCGUCCAUUUGGGCAAGUUCCUACUGAAUAUACAUCCGUGGUCCUGUAAGGUUAAUGCAGGCAGUCCCUGGGUUAUGAACGCCUGACUUUCAUACAACCUUAGUUAUGAACCAUCCCCCAUAAAGCCUCUUAAUAGUAACAAUUCAGGGUACAUACAGUGGUUUGUAAUAAUAAAUGGGCGCUACUUUGCAACACACAUCAAAACAUUAUUAUUAUUGUGUUAUUAAUGUUGAAGAUGUUUUAGUGUACCUGGAAGUGUUUCUUUUGUUUUUUGUGCACAGAAAAGUACACUGUAUACUAAGACAAACAUUGACUAACUGACAUUAGGUAUGAACCAUACAUAACUGUUCCGACUUACGUACACAUUCAACUUAAAGAUAGAAACAGAACUCGUUCGUAAUCCGAGGACUGCCUCUAUAUGAUGUGUUCACACAACAUCCAAAUCAUGUAACGUCCUAUUUCACGGAAUGUAUCGUGGAUGUUAAUGAUGCAUGACUGUAUUCUUAUGUUUGUCCUGUUAGCAAGGGGACACCAAGGUUAAUCCUUAACUUUGCUUGAGCUUAAAAUCUUCAGGAAAACCCAGACUUUAGUGCAGGCCCUUUUCGUCUAGUCAAGUCUAAUUCACCUAGUUCAUUGUACGUGGUGGAAUGGCUCUGCUGAAGACUGCCUGACUCACUGUGACAGUCCUAAUGACCUCAUUGCUCUUGAGCUGAGUCCUGACAGCUUUCUCCAGCCUGACCCUACUUGAUCAUCUUACUCACUUGUAAUCAGCCGUGGCACCACUUUGUUGCUCAGCUUCUUUGGAGUCUAAGUUGCGUGUACCGGCCUUCAGUCUACAGCAUGUCUCUCCUCCUGGAUGAGCACUUGGACAGUGCUUCUAGCCUUAGGCUCUAGCAUUUUUCCUUAGGGGCCUGGGUUUUACUGGGCAGCAUUGCUGGGCACACCUGGAAUAUACCGUGUCCCUCCUAUUGGGCUCCAGCCUGUGAGGCUGCCUGCUGGAAAAUUACCUUCAAUCAUCUACUGAAAUAGUUUAAAGAUGAAAGAAUGUAAGGAUAUGGGCUGUAGUUUUAAAAUGCAAUUAUUUCCUUUGUGUGGCUUGUGAUAUCAAUUUGCAGGUGAACUCAAAUGAUAAAUAUUUGUUGUAAAGUUGACCCAGCUAUUUGAGGCAAAUCUUACUGCCUUAAAAUGCUCACUUUUGAAGUAUUUAAAUUAUUGUCAUCCUCAAAUGUUUAGCAAGUAUGCUCAUUCCUUUGUUAAAAUUCCUCCAUAUGGAUUCUAUAUGAGGUCAGAUGGAUGAGUAAGAGUUAACUGGAUCAUGAGUAGAAGGAACGACAUUGCAGGUAGAGAGAACAGCAUGUGUACAGGCGCUAUGGUGGGUCUGAAAGAAGGCCACUGCUGCUGGACUGUAGAGGGAGGGAUGGUACUAGAUGAGGUUGGUUCGAUACAUGUUAAAUGACCAUCUGGAGGUAGGAUAUGGACCAUUUGCCAUCAAGUUGACCCCAACUCAUGGCAACCCCACGUGUGUCAGAGUAGAGCUAGCUCCACAGGGUUUUCAGUGGCUGAUCUUUCAGACUUAGAUCACCAUGCCUGUCUUCCCAGACGUCUCUGGGUGGACUUGGGCCUCCAACCUUUUGGGGAGAGCCAAGUGUGUUAAUUGUUUGCGCCACCCAGGUACUUUGAGGUGUAAUUUAGAUAUCAUAAAAUUCACCCAUUAUAAGUGUACAGUUCAGUGAUUUUAGUAAAUUUGUAGAGUUGCAGAACCAUCAUAAUAAUCCAGUUUGAGACAUUUUCAUUACCUCCAGAUGUUCCCUCUUGCCAGUUCGUAGUUACUCCCCGCUCCCACCCCUGACCCUGGGCAACCUCUGAUCUGCCUUUGGUUUCUUUAAAUUUCCCUUUUCAAGACACUUCAUAAAAAAGUAAUCAUAACGUGUGUAGUCUUUUGCACUGGCUUCUUUCACUCCUUUCACCCUGGUGGUACAGUGGUUAAAAGUUAAGGCUUCCAACCAAAAGGUUGUCAGUUUGAAUCCACCAGCCGCUCUUUGGAAACCCUACGGGGCAGUUCUGUUCUGUCAUAUAGGGUUGCUAUGACUCAGAAUUGACUCCAUGGCAAUGGAUUUUCUUUCACUUAGCGUAAUGAUUUCGAGGUUCAGCCAUGUUGUAGUGUAUGUCAGUGGUUUGUGGUUCCUUUAACUGAUGAAUAAUAUUCCAUUGUAUGGAAAUGCUACCUUUUUUUUUUUUUUCCUUAAAUCUUUUUAUCAGUUGGGCAUUUGGAAUGUAUCCAGUUUUUGGCUGUUAUUAAUAAUAGCCAAAAUGUGAAUAAUGCUUCUGUGAACAUUUAUGUAUAUGUCUUUGUGUCUUUCAUUUCUCUUCAGUACAUUCCCUAGUGUGGAGUUGCUAGAUUGUAUGAUAAAUUUAACUUUUUAAGCCACUGUCAAACUAUUUUUCAGAGUGUCUAUACCACUUUACGUUUUCUUUAGCAACACAUGAAAGUUACAGUUUCACCACAUCCAGUAUUUGAUAUUGGCAGUCUUUUUUAUUUUAGCCAUUCCAGUUGGGGUUUACUGAUACAUCAUUAUGGUUUUAGUUUAUAGAAUAUUUUCCUGAACUUAUUAGCCAUUAACAUAUAUUUUUUGGUGAAAUGUCUAUUAAAAUCAAUUUAAAAAUUGGAUUGAUCAUCUUAUUGAGUUGUAAGAGUUCAUUAUAUAUUCUGGAUACAAGUAUUUUAUGAGCUAGAUGUCAAAUAUUUUCUCUUGUUCUGUAGCUUGUUUUAUUGUUUUGUUAAUGGUGUAGUUUAAAGUGCUAAAUUAAAAAAAAAUUGUUGAAGCCCAAUGUAUCAGUUUUUUGUGUGUUUUUUUUUUAAGUAAUACACGCAUGGAGCCCUGAUGGCACAGUGGUCAAGAGCUUGGCUGCAGACCAAAAGUUCAGAGUUCAGAUCCACCAGCUGCUUCCUGGAAACCCUAUGGGGCAGUUGUCCUCUGUCCUAUGGGGUCGCUAUGAGUCAGAAUCCACUCGAUGGCAACUGGUAUUCCGGGACUUAAGAUGGGGUUCUGUUCCAGUGGCUCAGUCAUAAGUUGGUUCUGAUCUUGAAAUCCAUGGCCCAAAAUGAGCCUGCCAGUGGAGACGCUCUCUGGUAAAGACGGCGACCAGACAGGAAGCUGGGAUGAGCAUGCCACUGCGUCAGAUCUCUGCCGUCCCGUCCCAGGGUGCCGCCGUCACUGGAGCCUGCAGGACUAAGGCCAAAGAAAAGGCAAGGGAAGAACAGCUUGAGAAGACUUUGGGACAUUCCAUGAGUCAUUCAAGUAACAUUUGUAAGGCUGGGAGUCCCCCGUCGACGGCGUCGGUUCCAGUGUCUGCCUUCUCCCGCACCUCUGCCACAUCAUUGAAUCAGGAUAUCUGCAGUUCCGGUGCAGUGCGUUCUGAGUGUUGUCACCACAGUCCCGUGCAAUCUGCUGUUGUCUUGAAAGCUCCUCCCUGCCAGAGUUCUCUGACACCGGGGCUCACUGUGACAGUUAUCUGUAAGGACACAUCACAGGCAUUCAAGAGAAACUCCUGUGGUUCCGAGUGGGUCCAGGCCUUAAGGCCUGCCAAGAAUCCCAAAGCCAGAAGAACACUGAAGUUCUCAAAAUCCCUCAACGAUAUGGGUGAGAAUGCCCAGGACACCGUGGGAAGUUGUGACUAUGUGGAAAGAGCUUGUUCUGAAGGAAAGCUGCCACUCGCUCAAGAGCCCUGUCUCAGAAUUAACAGGUUCCAUCAUAAAGAAAAGAGAAUACUGAGUCAGAAACCUCUUGGCCAUUCCAAGUGUUCUUGUGUUUCAUCUCUUUCUGCCAAUCGUUCAACUGCUUCAGAGGUGGAAGCCAGCAAGGGGAGCCUCCGUGUCCCACUUUUGGAAGAGAAAGCAGAUGGCGAGGCCCUGUCCCGGAGCAGGCGACUGCUGCGCUGUUUCUUCCCGCUCGGCCCAAGUGCUAACAGCCUGCACAGGCUCCCUGAGCUGGAGGGCUGUGCCGCCCGCCUGCACACGGCCACGUCCUCCAGCGGGCUGGUCGGGAGCACAGGCUUCUGCUCCGACGACAAUGGAGAUGAUGACGUCUUUGAGGACAGCGCGUCCACAGAGCUGAAGAGCAGGAGCCUGCGGGCACCCCUCUGCUCAGUGGAAAAGGACAGCGACCUGGACUGCCCUUCUCCCCUCUCAGAACGGCGCUCCCCCAUAUCUCCUGUGUCCACAUCAGGGGACGCCUGCAGGAUCUGCCACUGUGAGGGCGACGAUGAGAGCCCCCUGAUCACCCCAUGCCACUGCACCGGGAGCCUGCACUUCGUGCACCAGGCCUGUCUGCAGCAGUGGAUCAAGAGCUCCGAUACGCGGUGCUGCGAGCUGUGCAAGUACGAGUUCGUCAUGGAGACCAAGCUGAAGCCUUUGCGGAAAUGGGAGAAGCUGCAGAUGACCAGCAGUGAGCGCAGGAAGAUCACCUGCUCGGUCACCUUUCACGUCGUCGCCAUCACCUGUGUGGUCUGGUCCUUAUACGUGCUCAUUGACCGUACUGCCGAGGAGAUCAGGCAGGGGCAGGCGACAGGAAUCCUCGAGUGGCCCUUUUGGACUAAAUUGGUGGUUGUAGCUAUUGGCUUUACUGGAGGACUUCUUUUUAUGUAUGUUCAGUGCAAAGUAUAUGUACAAUUAUGGAAGAGACUCAAGGCGUAUAACAGAGUAAUCUAUGUUCAGAACUGUCCAGAAACAAGUAAAAAGAAUAUUUUUGAAAAAUCUGCACUAACAGAGCCCAACUUUGACAAUAAAGAUGGAGAUGGAGCCUGUCAUUCCGACACAAACUCUUCUUGUUGCACAGAGCCUGAGGACGCUGGAGCAGCUGCCGCUCAAGUCUGACUGUGGAGGGUUGCCUGUCCUGGACGUCACCAAGAGAGAGCUGAGGGAGAUUGUUUACUGCCAGUCGUGGACCUUUUCUUAUGUCCUUUACUAGCAUAGAAUGGGCAGGUGAAUGUUUUUAAUGGCUUCUCUUUUUCUAAAUCCUCCUUAAUGAACCUUCUGGAAAGUGCUCCCAGUGGCCGUCCACUUCUGCCAUGUGCUCCAUGUGCAGGGAAGGUGGAAGACCCCAUGAUGCGUGAGGUGGGGCUGGCCGAGUUCCCGGUCAUGUUCUUGGGCAGAUGAGAGAAGGGGAGGCCGAGGCUGAGGGAAGAGCAGGAGAGGGGUGGCACCCAGGCCCUGAGGAGCAGCCUCUUCUGGUGAGCUGAGGCUUUUAGGAAUGUCUGCCUAGAAUGAGAGGAUUUCCGUACUCACUAAGAAGAGCCCAGGGGUGGCAUGGAGACAGGCCCCGGAACCCAGACCGUGUCCUGCUUGCAUCUGCAGAUGCCGCUACUGCCAUUUCUCAGAAGCAGACAGGGGACCAGGUGCUCUACAUGGAGGGGCGAGUGAAUCACUGAGCAAACAGCACUUUACAAAAGAAAGCCUUUAUUUUGUAAUACGUGUUCAGUGGGAUUGAAACUUAAAAGAAUGUCUCAUUUAGAAAUGUUCGCUUUGUUACACCUCACUAUAUCUUUUGCAUUGUAACCUGAAAGACCCUUUCUGCCUUAUGAAUUCUAACAUACGUGACAUCCCCUCUGUGCCCAGAAAACAUACGUGAUGAUAAUCAACAGAUGAGCCUGAGACUUCUUCCUGCCAGGCUCCAUGGGAAAGCAUGGAUGUCACAUGGCUGUUGGAGCAUAAUUCCUAUGGUUUUGAACCAGGUUUCUAGAGCCUUUGUCUUACAGGCUUGCCCCGUUGGGUCCUUUUUUGCCAGCACUGAAAAAGGAUUUUUGAGAUCUAAAUGGAAGGAAAGGAAGUGAAUAAUUAGAACAAAAUUGAGUAUUUUAAAUUUAUUCCUUUAGAGAGACAUCUCACCAGUGUAUGCUACAUUCACACUAAUGAGCAGGCGUGCCCAUCCUGAUCUGGGUGUGUGUACCACUGGAGCUCCUGUGUGCCUGCCCGCCUUGGCCAGCUUCUGCAGGCGUGCCUGGCAGGUGCUGUGAGGUCACUGCCCAGUGCAGGGAAGUGGAUGGGCUGGCCCUUGGGGUGAGCCAGCUAGCUGCCCUGGCCCCUGGCCACUCCCUGGCUGUCCCCACCCCUUCCCUGCCUUAACCAGGCUGAGCAGAGAGGAUCCUUUCUGUGAGGGACCCAGCCGCCUAUUGGUCGGUUUUGUCGUCAGGGAUUGCAAACACAAAUCACUACCAUCAAAUGGCCUUUGUCCCUUAAAGUUUGCAUAAAAUCCUGCUUUUAAGAACUCAGGUUUACAGCACAGGCGAGUAAGCGGUAGCUCCAGAGUGGCACUGAAUCGUGAACAGGCCGUUAGCGGGCAGGAUGCCUGGGGCCCGCCUGUGGCCUUGCUGGGCUUCCGGUUCCCACGUGUCUUGUUAACAGAACAAGAUGGCUCAUUUGCUUUCCAGAUUUGUGAGUGGCUUUGAAGGCUACGAGGAGGCCAAAGGAUCUCUCAGCUCCCAGUGAUGGCUCAUUAUGGCAGUCUGGCACCACUGUCCGCCCACCCAGGUGUCUGCCUGAGUGGGACCCCGGCUCUGCACAGUCUGUGGUGGUGGCCUCCCUGUGGCCAGGCGGGUACUGUCCAGCCACAGCCUGACCUCUGGAAAUAGGUCAGCCUGCCCUCUCUCUGUCCCCCAGGUCACAUCCAGCCCAAGCCUGUGUUCACUGUGCCCCACACUGCAGUUACCUGUGCCCCUUCUCAGCCGGGUGAUGCCAGGCAGUUGCAGGCUAUCCACUCAGGCAAGUGGAAUACAGGUCCAUCCUGCCCGUGCCCUUUAGGAACUGCCCAGGCACGGUCCUGCUUCUGCACAUUGUCCCUGUCUUGCUCCAGCAGCAGGUGAGCAGUCAGGCGAAGAUCUAGAGUGAUUUUUAAGUGUGGCCCUCACCUGCCCCCUGCCCUGUGGAAAGCAUGGAGGCCUCUGUACAGAGGGUGGUGUGCUGAGGUAGAGAUACCUCCUGGGCCACCUGCCCCAUGUGGCUGUCACCCACCUUAUGGCCCAGGUGCCUUUAGAUGCGUGAUCGUGGUAUGUCACCCACACCCAGACAUUGUUAGGCACAGCCCUCUCACUUCUUUUCAGGAAUGCUGAACACCAUCUCCUCACCUCUGACCCCACUCCGCCAAGCCCCUGCCUGUGCAGGGCCUCUCAGGUCCAUCCUUGUUUCCUCUGCUUGAAGACACACAGCAGCUUCUGCCAUUCUCCUUUUUAGCAGGCUGUAGUUGAGCUCUGAUCCGUCAGUUCCACCCUUAGUCCCAGCUCUGGUUUUACCCACCAGAGUGACCUCACCAGGCCCUGGCACGCUGUUCGGUGCUACCCCCUGGUGGUAGCAGCAGACCUUCUGGGUCUUCUGGUCUCUCUACUCCCCGCCCCCCCACCCUCCCUUUUUGCACCUGGGCCUAGUGGGAGGACUCUUUGCACCCCAUGCACAUUCCAGAUGGCACCUGGCUGAACCAUCUCGAACCUGGGAUCAGUGUGCAGGUCACAGGGCCAGGAAGGUUGGUGCUUGUGGGCCCAGUGGGGGCAGAGGGAAGCUGCCUCUUUCUGAUUUGGCCUUUGCUCCCCGAUAAGUCAUGUGGAACCAGAGUGCUUCUGAUUUUGUUUGGAGUAGUAAUUGGAUUUAUGUGCUUAAGUUUAUAGCUAUAAAUUCUUGGGAACCCUGUAAAAGACCUUUUCCUACUGCAGGCCUUGAGUGCCUCUUCCUUUUUUGCUCCAGCCCACUCGUCUCAGUCAUAUAGGUCUAGUUUCCAAACCUGCCAGUGCACCUACCUCACCAGAGAUGGACAGGCCCAGGCAGCUGAGCCAGUUCAAGAGCCUCAUGUGAUCCUUGCAAGUGUGGGAGCUGCCUCUGCUACCUUGUGGGUAGGCUGUAGGGGCUGGGACAGGGCCGCUGACGAGUGGUCUGAGAAGUGCCUCAAGGCCUGGUUCAAGGAGAGAAGGAACCACCAUGAUGUGGAUGCAAAUACACAUUUGAAAUACUUUUCCUUUGAAUUUAAUUUGAGAUAUGCAGCUUCUGCCUCUAGCCCAAGGAAAGACUGAAACCUAGGGAAAUGAAAAGAACGUAUCUUCAUUUUGGAAGUCUUUGUUGAAGCUGUGCAGCUGAUCACCUGUUUAGAUGCAAUGUUUAUAGAAAGUUGAUUGUUAAUAAAAACCAAAUUUACACUGGCUUGUGUGGUGUAGUUUCUAAAAGGCACUUCACAUUUGUAAUUUUUCUUAGAAAGUUUCUAGUUAUCUAAGUGUCUAGUUUUGUAUCCUUUUGUGUAUGUUCACUGUUUCUCAGUAUUACCACUUGAAUAAUUCUUUGUACAGGUGGGUUGUUUGUGCUGUACUUGAGGGUGUCUAAUUGCAGCAAUAAAGCGUUUCUUUAAAAAGGAGUUUUGCAUGGGACUGUUUUCCUGCAGAGGCA